AUGACAUCGAGCACCGGUGAAAAAGCAAAUGAUUGGCUAAUGCUAGAUCUGAGCACCGCUAGAAGACGGUCUAUCGCCUGUGAAGGAGGAGUUGCAAAGCUUGUUUGUCCCUUACGACAAAAAUUGAAGAUUCUUCAAGCUAAUUAUGGAAGAUCAAACCGCAGUUAUUGUCGACGUCACAAUUUCUUGAAUACUAGAUGCAGAGCUUCCAGGUCACUCUCAAUUGUUAGAAAAAGAUGUGACAGGAAACGCUCCUGUGCAGUUCCAGCAACAAACAGAGUAUUUGGUGACCCAUGUGGUGGGACAUUCAAGUACCUUGACAUAACAUACCAAUGUGCAUAA